CUUGCUUUAACAGUUCGGUCACAUAUAUCAAGCAUCACCGAUUUAACAGUAGGGGAUUUUCCUUGUGAGGAUAUUACUACAGACACAUUGUCGUCACUGGGCUUCACCACUUUCAGCCAAUCUUCUACGGACGUUAUAACAACAGUGGAAAGUACUAGCUCAUCUACAGACGCAAUAACAACAGAAGAAAGUACUAGCUCAUCUACAGACGCAAUAACAUCAGAAGAAACUACUAGCUCAUCUACAGACGCAAUAACAACAGUGGAAAGUACAAGCUCAUCUACAGACGCAAUAACAUCAGAAGAAACUACUAGCUCAUCUACAGACGCAAUAACAACAGAAGAAAGUAUUAGCUCAUCUAAUGACGCAAUAACAACAGUGGAAAGUACUAUCUCAUCUACAGGCGCAAUAACAACAGAUGAAACUACUAGCUCAUCUAUUGACGCAAUAACAACAGAAGAAACUACUAGCUCAUCUACAUACACAAUAACAUCAGAAGAAACUACUAGCUCAUCUACAGACGCAAUAACAACAAGCUCAUAUACAGACGCAAUAACAGCAGUGGAAACUACUAGUUCAUCUACAGGCGCAAUAACAACAGUGGAAAGUACUAUCUCAUCUACAGACUCAAUAACAACAGAAGAAACUACUAGCUCAUCUACAGGCGCAAUAACAUCAGAAGAAACUACUAGCUCAUCUACAUACACAAUAACAUCAGAAGAAACUACUAGCUCAUCUACAGACGCAAUAACGACAGUGGAAAGUACUAGCUCAUCUACUGACGCAAUAACAACAGUGGAAAGUACUAGCUCAUCUACAGACGCAAUAACAUCAGAAGAAACUACUAGCUCAUCUACUGGCGCAAUAACAACAGUGGAAAGUACUAGCUCAUCUACAUACGCAAUAACAACAGAAGAAACUACUAGCUCAUCUACAGACGCAAUAACAACAGUGGAAAGUACUAGCUCAUCUACUGACGCAAUAACAACAGAAGAAACUACUAGCUCAUUUACAGACGCAAUAACAUCAGAAGAAACUACUAGCUCAUCUACAGACGCAAUAACAUCAGAAGAAACUACUAGCUCAUCUACAUACGCAAUAACAACAGAAGAAACUACUAGCUCAUUUACAGACGCAAUAACAACAGUGGAAAGUACUAUCUCAUCUACAGACGCAAUAACAACAGAAGAAACUACUAGCUCAUCUACUGGCGCAAUAACAACAGUGGAAAGUACUAGCUCAUCUACUGACGCAAUAACAACAGAAGAAAGUACAAGCUCAUCUACUGACGCAAUAACAACAGAAGAAAGUACAAGCUCAUCUACUGACGCAAUAACAACAGAAGAAAGUACAAGCUCAUCUACAUACACAAUAACAUCAGAAGAAACUACUAGCUCAUCUACUGGCGCAAUAACAACAGUGGAAAGUACUAGCUCAUCUACAGACGCAAUAACAUCAGAAGAAACUACUAGCUCAUCUACUGGCGCAAUAACAACAGUGGAAAGUACUAGCUCAUCUACAUACGCAAUAACAACAGAAGAAACUACUAGCUCAUCUACUGGCGCAAUAACAACAGUGGAAAGUACUAGCUCAUCUACUGACGCAAUAACAACAGAAGAAAGUACAAGCUCAUCUACUGACGCAAUAACAACAGAAGAAAGUACAAGCUCAUCUACUGACGCAAUAACAACAGAAGAAAGUACAAGCUCAUCUACUGACGCAAUAACAACAGAAGAAAGUACAAGCUCAUCUACUGACGCAAUAACAACAGAAGAAAGUACUAGCUCAUCUACUGACGCAAUAACAACAGUGGAAAGUACUAGCUCAUCUACUGACGCAAUAUCAACAGAAGAAACUACUAGCUCAUUUACAGACGCAAUAACAUCAGAAGAAACUACUAGCUCAUCUACAGACGCAAUAACAUCAGAAGAAACUACUAGCUCAUCUACAUACGCAAUAACAACAGACGAAACUACUAGCUCAUCUACAGACGCAAUAACAACAGUGGAAAGUACUAGCUCAUCUACAGACGCAAUAACAACAGAAGAAACUACUAGCUCAUCUACUGGCGCAAUAACAACGGAAGAAAGUACUAGCUCAUCUACUAACGCAAUAACAACAGUGGAAAGUACAAGCUCAUCUACUGACCCAAUAACAACAGUGGAAAGUACUAGCUCAUCUACUGACGCAAUAACAACAGUGGAAAGUACUAGCUCAUCUACAGACGCAAUAACAACAGUGGAAAGUACUAGCUCAUCCACUAACGCAAUAACAACAGUGGAAAGUACAAGCUCAUCUACUAACCCAAUAACAACAGUGGAAAGUACUAGUUCAUCUACUGACGCAAUAACAACAGAAGAAAGUACUAGCUCAUCUACUGACGCAAUAACAAUAGUGGAAAGUACUAGCUCAUCUACAGACGCAAUAACAACAGUGGAAAGUACUAGCUCAUCUACAUACGCAAUAUCAACGGAAGAAAGUACUAGCUCAUCUACAGACGCAAUAACAACAGUGGAAAGUACUAGCUCAUCUACUGACGCAAUAACAACAGUGGAAAGUACAAGCUCAUCUACUAACCCAAUAACAACAGUGGAAAGUACUAGUUCAUCUACUGACGCAAUAACAACAGAAGAAAGUACUAGCUCAUCUACUGACGCAAUAACAACAGUGGAAAGUACUAGCUCAUCUACAGACGCAAUACCAUCAGAAGAAAGCACUAGCUCAUCUACAGACGCAAUAACAACAGUGGAAAGUACUACCUCACCUAUCGAACUGUCAUCAAAAGAAAGCACAGUAACGGCGACAACAGCAUUGUUAACAGCAUAUUCUCUCAGUACAAAGGAACAUACGAAUAUUGGAUCUACAACAGAAUCGGCUGAUACCUCGUCAGAUACAACCACUGGCAUUACAAAUAUGUAUAGCGGUAACGUGACAGACAUAAACACAACCUCAGCAACGGUUAGCACGAAUAUGGAGACUUUAACCACACACUCCACCUUCUUUGACACCAGCACAUCCUCUACCGCUUCUACACAAUCUACUUCAUUUAGCAGUACUCAGUACAUGACAUCAUUACCUACCACGUCAUCAGCAGUAUGCGUGUCUUGUUUUUGUAAUAAUGGGACUACAAUUAACAAAACACAAGAACAGAUACAGGAGGAAAUCACACAAAUUAAGAAGAAUUUGACGAUAGAAAAGACGACACUUUCCUCGUAUACCCGCCAGAAAAUUUCGGCAGCUGAUGGACGUUGGUCGUCUGCUGCUCUUGGUUCGGUGGGGAUAGUGGUUAUCGCUGCUGCCUGUGUGCUUGUGGUACUUAGUGACAUUCAACACUUCAUCAAGGCAGUCAAAAUGUGGCGAAAAAGGCUUACUAAGUAUUUUCGGAGAGACAGACAUCUUGAACGUUUUAACUUGGGAUCUCUUGAGAAAUAGUGUCUACAUUGUAACUUGUAUUGUGCAUGAACGAGAACACGUUAUUAUCUAUUCAUAUGCGUGUAUUAAGUACGCUACCCGUACAUGUUCAACAUGAUGAAUUGAAAAAUCUGUUUUAGACUUUACUAGUAUUUAUACAUUUUCAUGAAUUUUGAAUCUUGAUUCGUACAAUGUUCAAAACAAAUAUAGAGGUGUAUCCAUCUGGUCUGCGAGUACCGUAUUAUAGAGUAGGGUAGCCCAUCGCCAUCCUCCUCCAGAAAAUAUAGUCUAAAGCGUGCUCGAUUUUCCUGCCAGCUCACCCCACCUACACACCCACUUCUUCAGGAAAGACAAGUUUAGAAUAGGAUUUUCCCUAGGCGAUAUCGCAUCGCAGAGCCAAAUUACCACCCUUUUGUAUUCUAGAGUAGGUUUUAACACAAUAUUGAACAACUCAUUGUGCAUUUAUGAGGAUUUUUUCUAUUGCUACUAAGUGAAGUGAAUAUGAUAAGUAUCGGCGGGCCUUGAUUUGUCUCCGUAUUUGGUAAUGAUUUCCAUAUUUGAACUAUGGAAAAGGAAAAAUAGUCCAAGAAAGACAAAUUCUAAACGCAUAGAAUAAACCACCAUAUCCAGAGUGAAUAUUUAUUUCAUCUUUCUUUAUUGAAUAUUGCAAGUUGGUACACUACUUUAGCACAUUAAUUUUGUUUGUUUUAUAGUAGUUCAAAAAGUAGUUCGCGGCAUGCAUAUAUUCAUACGCUGACAGACGGGACUACAAAUUCGAUUCUUACUAGAUAACAUACAAUGAUAUGUGUCUUUAUUGUUGAAAAUGACAAGCAAUGAAUUUCAAUAGAAAAUAAGCAAAAAACAAAGAAUAAACACACACACAUUAAUUCAGUUUUGAUUGGAAAGAUUUCAACAGGUUAUAUUUGGAUCUCUACUUUAGGCUGACACUGGGAGUCGUGGUAUUUUUUCUUAAUCUUCACAUACACCAUACCUACAUGUAGAGACGAAUAUGAUGUUGAUUUUGCCAAAUUAUAUAGCCUUGCUGCGAUCAAGUCAUAGAGCUCCUUUCAUUGCACGCACAGAUGUUUACAUACAGUCAUUGGUUGCAAAGUACAACUGAGGAAAGGGAUAUUUUUCUCCAUUGGGACUAUUUGACAUAUGUAUUUUCUCCAUUGGGACUAUUUGACAUAUGUAUUUUCAGAUUUGGGUGAAUCUGUGAAUUUCUAAUAUCAUUAGAUGAAGGUUUUAUUACGCAUUUUUUUAAUACUGUUUACGUACACAGUCUGUACCACAACAAUGAAUUUCCAAAUCCAAAACCAAAAAAUUAACAAAAUCUCUGCUUACGUGAGAUUCGUUUUAACAUACUCAGGACAACCCUUCAAGGAAUACCAUGAGCGUUGGAGCAGAGGAGGUGGGAGGGUGGCUAACAAUAUUUGAUAUUUUGGCUAAUAAAUAAAUAGAUUUAAAUACUAAAAUACAUGAAAAAAAAAAUCAUGAUUUCCUGUAUUUCAUCAUUCUAUUUGUACAUAAUGCAUUCAGUGAUUUACGAGAUGAAUUUUCAA